AUGACUUCUGAACUAAAAUUUAAAGAACUAAUUACAAAGCGCAGUUCCAUUAAGGGACGCGUGACUAAAUUUAAAAUAUAUCUAGAAUCAUUAGUAGCUUUGGAAAGUAUUUCUGCCGUAGAAGUCAACAAGCUAGCAAUGAAGCUAUCUAGAAUGGAAGCAUUAUUCAUUGAGUUCGACGGGCUGCAGAGUCAAAUAGAGGUGCAUAGCGAGGCUAAUCAAUCUGCUGAAUUGUCCACCCGCGAUUUUAUAGAACAAGAAUUUGAUAAUUGCAUUGCUAUCGCUCAAGAUUUAAUACAGUCUAACAGCUCAGCUCCCAAGCAGGUGGAAGUAGAGAGUAGAGUUGCCUCAACUUGCAACUUUCCUUCGUCAGUAGUUAUGUCUGCCUUGUCUUCGUCAGAUAUUCUUUUGUGCAUCGCCAAGGUGCGACUAACUAAUCCUAAUACCAAUGAAACUAUAUGCGCACGCGCUUUACUUGACAGUGGGAGCCAAUCGUCUUUUAUCACUGAGAGUGUAAAGCAAAGACUCAAUCUAACUCCUCAGCCAUCAAAUGUCAACAUUGUCGCUAUAGGAAAUAAUACUCUAAAUCUGAGUCCAGAGCGCUGCUCUUUAAAACUUCAAUCUAAUACCUCGUCGUUCGAAGUCUCUAUGUUUUGUCUAGUAUUGAAAACUAUAUCUGAUGACCUACCCAAGCAUCAUUUCAAUAUUAGUUCUCUAAAGUUAAAUAACUUGGAGCUUGCAGACCCCAGCUUCAACGAACCAUCCCCUAUUGACAUGCUUAUAGGCUCUGACCUGUUCUGGGACCUGAUAGGUUCCGAACAGCGGUCUCUAGGGUUGAAUAACCCUAAUCUUCAUAGCUCUAAGCUCGGAUGGCUCAUUGCAGGUCCUGCGCCUAUUCAAAUGCAACCUCCACCUAAAAGGUUCCUAACCUGCAACUUUCUUCAAAGGAAGGAUAAGCUCGAGGACAUUCAGGAGGAUCUAUCUAAAUUCUGGGAACUUGAAAAUGUCCCUAAAUCCCAACCUCUAUCUGAGGAACAAAGGCUUUGUGAGAAGCUUUUCAUCUCUGAUACUCGCCGAGAAAGUGAUGGUCGUUUUUGUGUAGGGGCAAGUACUGCCGAAGAGCUACGUCGCAUUCAACGCGCGGUUUCCAGGGAGCUGGCUAAAGGCUGCUUUCCACUUAGAAAAUACCGUUCAAACUUACCUAAUGUCCUAGAGGCUGAUCCUAACAAUAAUGAAAAUCUAAUCAUCAGCAAUGCCACAAGUACCCUUGAGCUCUGUGGUGCUUUCCUUGGAGCUGAAUUAAGCUCUGCUGUCAUUAAAGCGUUGAGAAUCGAACUUAAGCGCUGCGUCUUUUGGACUGACUCUUGUGUGGUUCUAGGUUGGCUUAGAUCUCCCGACAAAACCAAAACAUUCGUAGCAAACAGAGUCGCUGCCAUAGGCGAACUCACCGACCCAAAGGCUUGGCGCUAUGUUCCCACUUCUGAAAAUCCUGCUGACCUCGCCUCACGAGGUGUAGAUCCCCAAGAGGUCAAUGAUUCAACUAUAUGGUGGCAUGGCCCUAUGUUCCUCAUGCAACCUGAGUCAUCCUGGCCAAUCUUAUCAGCUGGCAAUGAAGUCAACUUACCUGAAUUAAAAGCGAUGCACGCUUUGGUGGUGGAGGAUGUACCUGCGGGCCGGGAAGAUGUCGGCGCCACAUCGGCACCGAGGAACGCAACGCAGCCGCAGCCCUCACGCUAUUGGCUACCCGCAGUCAACGCUAUUGGUACCACGCGCGGCAUGACGCGA